AUGUAUAAUUCAGAAAAUGACCUUGAUGAUGGUAACAUUGGACAAUUGCCUAAGAUUAUACAAUCCAAUAUGAUUCGAGAGUUGGUUACAGUAAUAACUAUCGAGAUUGAUGAUGAUGAUGAUGAUGAUGAUGAUGAUGAUGAUGAUGAUGAUGAUGAUGAUGAUGAUGAUGAUGAUGAUGAUGAUGAUGAUGAUGAUGAUGAUGAUGAUGAUGAUGAUGAUGAUGAUGAUGAUGAUGAUGAUGAUGAUGAUGAUGAUGAUGAUGAUGAUGAUGAUGAUGAUGAUGAUGAUGAUGAUGAUGAUGAUGAUGAUGAUGAUGAUGAUGAUGAUGAUGAUGAUGAUGAUGAUGAUGAUGAUGAUGAUGAUGAUGAUGAUGAUGAUGAUGAUGAUGAUGAUGAUGAUGAUGAUGAUGAUGAUGAUGAUGAUGAUGAUGAUGAUGAUGAUGAUGAUGAUGAUGAUGAUGAUGAUGAUGAUGAUGAUGAUGAUGAUGAUGAUGAUGAUGAUGAUGAUGAUGAUGAUGAUGAUGAUGAUGAUGAUGAUGAUGAUGAUGAUGAUGAUGAUGAUGAUGAUGAUGAUGAUGAUGAUGAUGAUGAUGAUGAUGAUGAUGAUGAUGAUGAUGAUGAUGAUGAUGAUGAUGAUGAUGAUGAUGAUGAUGAUGAUGAUGAUGAUGAUGAUGAUGAUGAUGAUGAUGAUGAUGAUGAUGAUGAUGAUGAUGAUGAUGAUGAUGAUGAUGAUGAUGAUGAUGAUGAUGAUGAUGAUGAUGAUGAUGAUGAUGAUGAUGAUGAUGAUGAUGAUGAUGAUGAUGAUGAUGAUGAUGAUGAUGAUGAUGAUGAUGAUGAUGAUGAUGAUGAUGAUGAUGAUGAUGAUGAUGAUGAUGAUGAUGAUGAUGAUGAUGAUGAUGAUGAUGAUGAUGAUGAUGAUGAUGAUGAUGAUGAUGAUGAUGAUGAUGAUGAUGAUGAUGAUGAUGAUGAUGAUGAUGAUGAUGAUGAUGAUGAUGAUGAUGAUCAUGAUCAUGAUGAUGAUCAUGAUCAUGAUGAUGGUAAUAUAGAAUUUUGCGUUUAA